AUGGAGGAGGAAGGCAAGCAGAUCAUCCAAGAGUUGGACGAUAAGCGGUCGGUGCUCACUGGGAACAGCGGUGUGAGGCGGGUGAAAAUGAGUCAUGACAUCAGUUCUCUGAACCAGAAGGUGCAAGCCCUGAACCAGAAGACGAACGAGGACAACAACCUCCCGGAUGACAGCCAGCUUUCCGAGGACACGAAGCAGAUGCUGGAUGCCACCUUCGGCCUCCUGCACAGAUAUCGGACCCAUCGUGGAAAGACGCUGAGACUAGUGGAGAAGUUCGCCAUGGAAAGGGAUGGC